AUGUUGUGCUACGUGGCUGGGGAGAGCGCUUUUCCGGCAGAGCAUUUUGCUUUUUCGAAUCACAAAUUCCUCCAUGACCAAACGACAAACUCUGUCGUCGUUCUCAGGCCCGUCCAUGAUGUGUUUCUUUCGAGAGCGAAGCGUCGAAACCAAACCCACAAGGUUAACGCCACUCACCCUGGGCCUGAACGAAUCAAGACAGGCGGAAUGAAGGCCGAGCAGUCGCAAGUGGCAGCACACUGGGCGAUUGACUGGUGGUUGCAGCGGCCACGUAUCUUGAGGCCAAAACAGACGCCAUCGAAGAUCCAUGGAUGCCAAGAAGCGUCGUCGGUUCUCCUCCUCACGGCUGUCAUUCCAACCUCCUCCUCCCAUCAUCGCUCCUCACCUGAUAUUGGCCAGGCCGUGAAGGAGCUCUACUCUUCGGGACUCCUGACGAGCAAAAUUCUUGCUUCUGGGCUCUCCAUCGCCUCGAAGGAAACUGAAAGCUCACAGCCUCCGCUGCCAACCCAGCUGAGUAACGGGAUUAUCACCGCGAUAUCAAUCCGGCGAUAA